ACAAUGUGAUGAGACGCUGCCGCUGGCGAGGGAAGGAGGGCAAUGUGGUAACCGGUAAGCGCCAUUUCGCGUCGGAUGCGUCGAUUCCUAGCUCUGGAUGUGGAUAUUUUGAUGGAGACGAUCGCAAGAGGAGUUUAGAAUCUCAGGUAGCUCGACUGGAGCAAGAGCCCGGGGCGGACAAGUCUCUCUACGCCUCGCUGCUGCAAUCCUGUAGGCUGCUGUCGAUCGGGAGGCGGAUCCAUCGCCUGAUCGCUCAGCGAUGGCUGGGCGGCGAUAUUUUUCUCGCGAAUCAUCUGGUAAACAUGUACAGCAGGUGCCAGAGCGUCCAGGAAGCGGUCCAGGUCUUCGAGAAGAUCUCUUGCAAGAACGUUUUCUCGUGGAAUAUCAUGAUCACGGCUUACGUCUUCAAUUCCCAGCCGGUGAAAGCUCUUCAGAUUUUCAAGAGGAUGGAUCUGGAAGGAGUGAAGCCAAAUGUUGUGACGUUUGUUGGAGCGGUGGGCGCUUGCUCGGGCAUUGGAGAGCUGAGUGAAGGGAGAACGAUUCACUCGCGAGUUCUUGCCGAAGUACGUCAACUUACUGUUGUUUUGAGCACCUCGCUAAUCACCAUGUAUGGUAAAUGCAGUGGCCUGGAGGAUGCCCGGCGCGUCUUUGACGGGAUGGAGAAGAGGAACGACGUCUCGUGGAACGCGAUGAUCAGUGCUUACGCCCAGCAGGGGUGUGGAAGUGAGGCGCUGGAGCUGUUUUGGAGGAUGGAGUUUGAGCCAACCGAAGUUACGCUCGUGAGUGCUCUCGACGCUUGUGCAUGCGUGGGUGACUUAGCUCAAGGUAAGAGAAUCCAUUCUCGUAUUACUAGCUCAAGUCUCUCACACAUUGUCGACACUGCUCUUGUGAACAUGUACGCGAAGUGUGGCAGCCUUGGCGAUGCCCGGAGCGUUUUCGGCAGAAUGGAGAAAGAGGAUGUUGUCUCGUGGACAGCCAUGAUCGCGGCAUGUGUCCAGCACGGUGAGAGUCUGGAUGCUCUGGAACUGUACUGGAGGAUGGAACAGGAGGGGAUCAAGCCGGACAAGAUCGUGUUUGUCAGCCUUAUCGACGCUUGCUCUUGCCUGGGUGAUCUCAGACAAGGCAUGGGGGUGCAUGAGAGGCUUCACGCCGGUGGAUUCGACAUAGACAACUCGAUAGCAAGUGGGCUCGUCAACAUGUACAGGAAGUGUGGAAGUCUGACUGGGGCAAGAAGCGUCUUUAACAAGAUGGACCGGAACGACUUACUGUCCUGGAACGCUCUGAUAGCCGGAUAUGCAGAACAGGGGGACAGUCACGAGGCUCUACAGGUUUUCAGGUGGAUGGCUUGCGAAGGUGUGAAGCCCGAUGGAGUCACUUUCAACAGCAUCUUUGGUGCAUUUUCAUCGGCCAGGUUUCUUUGCGAGGGGAAAGCGGUCCAUGCCCGGAGUGCUGCUUGCGGCAUUGAUGUCCAGACGGUGGGAAUCUCGUUAGUUAAGAUGUACGGCCAGUGCGGGAGCCUGGAUGAUGCAAAGGCUGUGUUUUACAAGCUAGCGAGCAAGGAUGUAGUCGCCUGGAGUGCUCUCAUAGGUGCACAUACCCAGCAUGGGCAUGGCUUACAGGCGCUUCAACUUUACCAGGGGAUGAAGGAAGAGGGUGUGAAGCCGAAUGAUAUCACAUUUAUCACCCUGCUGGAUGCCUGUGCGAGUACGGGGCAGCUAUCCGCGGGCUUGGAGAUUCAUGCUGAGAUUGUUGCUGCUGGACUCGAGUCCGUGGGUUUUGUGGCCACCGCUCUGGUCAACAUGUAUGGCAAAUGUGGACAGCUCUCCACUGCCAGGGAUAUCUUUGACAGGAUACAGCCACGAGACGUUGUUUCCUGCACGGCCAUGAUCUCCGCAUAUGUUCUUCAUGCCUGUCACCGGGAAGCGCUAGAAUUGUAUUUCAGACUGGAGCCAGAAGGGAUGAAGUCUGACAGGGUCACGUACUUGAGCGUUCUCGAGGCUUGUUCAAGCCUGACGGCUCUGGAACAGGGAAGGGCCGUUCAUGCGAGCAUCGUCUCUAGGGGCUUGGACUCUGAUACGGGACUCAAAAAUUCGCUCAUCAAUUUAUAUGGCAAAUGCGGGAGCCUGAAAGACGCAGAAAGCCUCUUUGACUGCAUGCGCUGCAGAGACCUGGUCACCUGGAACAGCAUGAUCACGACUUACUCACACCACGGCCGCGACGAGAUCUCGCUCGAGGUGUUUAUGCAGAUGAAGCUGGAUGGCAUCCAGCCAAACGAUGUCACGUUCGUCAGCAUGCUCUUCGUUUGCAGCCACGCCGGGUUGUUUGAGGAUGGCUGCAAGUGCUUUGGCUCCAUCACCGCGGACUACUCCAUGGAACUUACGGUGGACCACUACAACUGCGUCAUCGAUCUGCUUGGCCGGGCAGGCAACCUGGACGAAGCUGAAAAUCUCGUCGCCAACUUGCCCGAGCCUUGCUCAGUGGACUGGAUGACACUGCUGGGGGCGUGCAGGAUCCACGGUGACGCUGAUCGGGCACUGCGUACGGCCCAACGUGUCGCGGAGCUGGAUCCUGACAGUUUGGCUGGAAAGGUGUUGCUAUCAAACAUCUAUGCAACAGCACGAGAUUGGGAUGAUAAAGGAGAAAUCUUUACGUAAAUCUAGCCAGGAGGGUGGGGGGAGGGGAGCCACGCACGAGAGCUCAGGUACUGACGACGCAGUUUUUCGCUUUUCUAACCGAAAAUGCGUCUCUUGUUGUAGGUGGAGAGGAACCACCGCUCCCGAUUUUUAAUUUCGCUCCCGGCUCAGCAGCCACGACAAGAUGUUUGAGAUGCUCUUUGUUUUGUAUUUUUCUCGCGACUCACAAGGAGCAGUUGAUCAGAUCGGAUCGGACAGGAGACAUACAUUUGUGUCUUCAAAUACAAAAGAAGGAAAGAGGUCCAAGGGGGGAGAGAGCAAAGCAGGAGCCAGCAGCGGCACAGCGGCCAGCUACUUUACUUGUUCGUUCAUCCAAUCUGGAAAGAGCAGCACCGCCAUGGCCACCGGUCUCGAGUAAUACUCAAGAGGCGAUUCAACGCCUUGUAAAAAUUCGGAAUGGAAGACCUCGGAAGCGGUCUCUUUAAACACCAGUACAUGCAGCAUCAGCAGCAGCGGCAGCGGCAGCAGUAGUGGUGGCAGGGGCAGAGUCAUGUACGUACCCGGACCGACCGACUUAUAACUGGACAGUUUUACGCAACCAUCGCUGUGAAGUAAGGAAUUCAACGCUUCCGAUUCAAGGAAAGGCUGAUCCCGCUGUAAGAGGAAAAGAAAAACAAAACAACGAUGGCAAGGAAUCGACUCUUUUUAAGGUA